UCUGUCUUCAUUUCUCUUUACUGAUCCUCAUAUAUUUCGAUUCUUUCUAGUUCAUCUCUGGGUAUUGAGCGAUCUGUUCUCUGAUUUCCAACGCCAGAUUGACAUUCCUUUUUCCUCUCAAACUUCCUCAUGUUGUCUUUACCUUCAACCUCCUCGUCUUUUUCUAGAAAGAAAUACGAUGUUUUCUUGAGUUUUAGAGGUGAAGAUACCCGCAAGAGCUUCACAGAUCAUCUCUAUGAUGCUCUGAAACGGAGAGGAAUCGUCACUUUCAGGGAUGAUCCGAAGCUGGAGGCCGGCGAAGAGAUCGCACCGGAACUCUUUAACGCAAUUCAACAAUCAUGGUGCUCGGUAAUCGUUUUCUCUGAAACCUAUGCCUUUUCAGGUUGGUGCUUGGAGGAGCUUGCUGAGAUUGUUGAACAAAAAAAGAAUGGUCAUAAAGUAUUUCCAAUUUUCUACGAUGUGGAUCCGUCUGAUUUAAGAAAACAGAAAGGGGAAGUUGAAAAAGCCUUCGUCGGACACGAAGAGAGAUACAAGGAAGACAUAGAAAAGAUUCGAAAGUGGCGAAAUGCUUUGACUCAAGUGGCUAACAUCAAGGGAUGGCAUUUAAAUAACAGGCAUGAAUCUGAAUUUAUUGGAGACAUCGUUACGAAAAUAUCAGCAAAAUUAUGUCAAUCAUACCCUGUUAUUCAUGAUGAGCUGGUCGGAAUUAGUUCAUCCUUAGAGGAAUUGCAUUGCAAAAUAGAGAUAGGAGAAGAUGAUGUCCGCAUUAUUGGAAUUUGCGGAAUGGGCGGCAUUGGAAAAACAACUCUCGCUAGAGUUGUUUACGACCAAAUGUCAUCUCAUUUUGAAGGCAAAAGCUUUCUUGCUGAUGUUCGAGAAGUUUCUCAGAAACAUGGACUUGUUUCUUUACAGAAGCAACUUCUUACUCAAACCUUAUUUGAAGGAGGUCUUGAUAUAUUCGAUGUUGAAGAAGGAAAAGCCAUCAUCAGUUAUAGAUUGUCUCACAAGAAGGUUCUUGUUGUUAUUGAUGAUGCUGAUAACAUGCAACACUUGAAAUGCUUGGUUGGAAGGCGUGACUGGUUUGGCUCAGGGAGCAGAAUCAUUGUAACAACAAGAGACGAGCAUUUGCUCCGAUCUUACCGAGUUGACGAUGUGUAUAAGCCUACAACAUUGAAUGGCGAUGAUGCAUUUCAUCUUUUCAAUUUGAAAGCUUUCGGUAGUGAUACAGUGACCGAAUAUGAUUUCAUUGAGCUUUCUAAAGAUGUUGUACGUUAUGCUGGUGGUCUCCCUUUAGCUCUUGAAGUUUUGGGUUCUUUUCUGUGUGGAAGAGAUGCAACUCAAUGGAGAAGUGCGAUCGAAAGACUUAAACGAGAUUCCAACACUGAAAUUCUUGAAAAACUUCGAAUCAGCUUCGAUGGAUUGGAAGAAAGGGAGAAGAACAUAUUUCUAGACAUAGCAUGCUUCUUCAAUCGGGAGAAGAAAGAUUUUGUAAUGAAAGUAUUGGAUGGUUGUGAGUUUUUCCCAGAUAUUGGUAUCGAUGUUCUCAUUAAGAAAUCUCUCCUAAAAAUCGACGAAGACAAACAAUAUUUGUGGAUGCAUGACUUGUUGCAAGAAAUGGGAAGAAAGAUUGUUAGGGAAAAAUCUCUGAAUGAUCCUGGAAAACGUUGCAGAUUGUGGGAGGAAAGUGAUGUUCAUCAUGUGCUAACAGAAAAUACGGCUACGGAAGUCAUUGAAGCCAUGAUCAUCAGUGAAUCGAACAAGAUGCUCAAUUUGAGUGCCGAUACCUUCUCCAAGAUGAAAAACUUGAGAUUGCUUAAAGUCUGUUGCCCCUCAAAGUGUGAUGAUCUCGAUUAUGUUUCUAAUAAGCUACGGCUUUUAGAUUGGAGAGCAUAUCCUUUAAGAUCCUUGCCUUCAGGCUUCCAACCAGACAAUCUUGUUGCUCUUCUCUUACCAAACAGUUGCAUUGAAAACCUAUGGAAGGGGAAAAUACCUCUGUAUAAGUUGAAAGUGCUCAACCUCGAAGGGUCCGAAAACCUGAUCAAGACACCAGACUUCACGAUGGCCCCAAAUCUUGAAAUUUUGGUUUUGGAAGGUUGUACAAACAUAGUGGAUGUCCAUCCAUCCAUCGGAAUUCUUAAGAGGCUUAAACUUUUGAAUUUAGGAGGCUGCAAAAGUCUUAGGAAUCUUCCACCCAAAAUCGGAAUGGAAUCUCUUGAAACAUUCAUUCUUUCAGGCUGCUCAAAUCUUCUAAGGUUUCCAGAGAUUGAUGGGAAAAUGGAAUGUCUGAGAACUCUUAAUCUUUCUGGUUGUUGUAAAGUUGGACAUUUGCCAGAGAAUUUGCAGCACAUAGAAUUUUUGGAGGAGCUUGACUUAAGUGGAACAGCCCUAACAGAACCACCAUCCUUCAUUUUUCAAUUUAAAAACCUUAAAGUUCUGUCUUUCACUGGGUUCAAGGGACCGGCUUCUAAGCUACGACAGAACCUGGCUUCUUUUUUCAAUGUAAUGCCGAGAAGGACAAGUUCCAUUGCUCUGAUGUUACAUUCACUGUCUGGUUUGAGUUCAUUAACAAAGCUGAAACUAAGGGACUGCAAUCUCUGUGAAGGAGAUAUUCCUAUUGAUAUUUCUUGUCUAUCCUCUUUGAUAAAACUUGAUCUUGGUGGUAACAAUUUCAGCAGUAUACCUCCGCCCAUUACUCUACUUCCCAAGCUUCGAUAUCUUAAAUUGUCAAAUUGCGGCAUGAGCAAUCUUGGUGAAGGAGAUAUUCCUUGUGAUAUUUCUUGUCUAUCCUCUUUGGAAUAUCUUACUCUUAGUGGUAACAAUUUCAUCAACAUACCUCCGUACCUGACUCGACUUUCCAAACUUUUUCGUCUUAGAUUAUCAAAUUGCAAGAAACUUAAAUCUUUGCCGGAGUUCGUAACAAGUAUAGGAUCUGUGCGGAUAGAUGCUUGUGAUUCACUUGAAGUUUGUAACGCAGUGGGUCGGGAUUUGCUUCAAGCUCUUAACUGCUACCAAUUGGCCAAGAACAACAGUGCAUUGAAGUUGUUGAAAGAACACAUAAAGGUAUCUGCAAAUGCAACAGCUGAAUAUGACAUUAUUAUACCUGGAAGUGAAAUUCCUGAAUGGUUCAGCCAACAGAGAUGUGGAUCUUCCAUUAAAAUAUCUCUACCUCUUAAUAUUCGGAACGAUAGUCAAUGGAUGGGAGUUGCUUCGUGCUGUAUUUUUUCCAGAAAUGAUGCUUCGACGGAUGUGAGAAUCCGGUGCGCCGCCGUUAUCGAUUGUAAAAAUCCUAGACAAAACUUUUAUGAUGACUCUAUUUUCCGUGGUAGAAAUCCUCAAGAUUUCUCGGGGACUGGAUGGUAUUUGGGUGAAAAUUUUAAGCAUCCCAUGAAGGACCAUUUCUUUCUUCGAUAUUGGCCACGUGACCAAUUAUAUCCAUUUCCUUUGGAUGAUGAACGUGAAAUCCAGAAUUUAUCGACAACAAAUAGCUCAAAUCUGAAAUGCGAUGAACUCGAGGUGUUUUUCUGCCGUUUCAAAGAAGCAAAGGUGAAGAAGUGUGGUGUUAGAUUAGUGUAUGAGAAAGAUUUGGAAGAGAUGGAACAACCAAAAGAGCAGCAUACAGCUCAAUCGUGCUCUGCAAAAUCUGAAGACAACUCUGCUGCUGCUGAUGGAUCAACAGGCAGCAGUUCCCUUGUAAAGCGAAAACGUAAUAUCCACGAGGGCACGGAGGAAGGGCCACAACCAAAAAGGAUGGAAAAGAUUCUCAAUCUUAUAAUGGGCAGACCAGAGAAGAAGCAUUCAUGAAUUGAGGUAAACCACUUCACUCGCCUUGUUCUAUUCCUUUCUUCAGUUCAUUUGGGAUAUCUUUACUCCAUAUUUGUUUUGAUAUGAAUAUUA